AUGACCACAUUUCUAAGCGGGCUGCUACGAUUUGGUGCGGACGCUGGUGUCAAUUAUACGUCACGCGCAGUUGAAGGACUUGUAGGUGUGCAAGUUGAUGGCACUAUCUGGAGCGGAGGCGCGGUUCGGGUCGGUGGAGGGCCAGAGAUCAGGGGCGGAUUAGGUACUAAGAGCGCAGUAUCCUGGACUGGUACCACGGAUUUCGUAUAUGCAUAUAAACUGAGUGUGGUCCGCACAUUGUGGGAAGAGGUGGCAACUGAGCGCAGUCUCAGGGCCAAGGUCAAGUGCUGUUCUGUGAACAGCGGGUCUGAGAAGAGCGAGUCUGAGGAAGAUGACUAUGGAGUUCCUCUAGACGUGGAGCAUCCAGAUGACUUCAAAAUUCAGCUCAAGGAGGAUCAGAAUGAGUUCGAGGUUGAGCUUGUGGAGGAAGAUGAUAUUGGGGUUAUCUACAAUAUUCCUGUAGGCCAAUGA